GACUAACCGCAGGGCUGUUCCAAAUGAAAUGGCACAAGUGCUAAUACGCAAGGAUUAUAAACUAUCAAAGCUGCCUUCUUUAAAAACCCCAGAAUGGGAAUGAAUGGGCGGGCAAUGAAUAGCGGAAGAAUUGUUCCCUUUUAUAACUGUCCCUCAAAGAGGCUUUCAGUGCCUCUUUCCCCUUCAGCUGAACUCUGUUAAGUACUAGGUGUUUAGGCGUGAUCAUCAAUCCGUGCCCGCAACGAGGCUGUCCUUUUGACGAUCAGCUCUUCUCUUGUAAUUGAUACAGCGCACAAAACCUGAUUCACUGCGCUUACCUCUGUAAGCUCAACGAUCAACAUUGGCGCCAAUGCGAUAUCACCACCGACACCUCGACCACUGCCACCACCAGGUCCAACCUGCGACAGGCAUCAUCUGAUCUGCUAGUCGACACCCACAACAGGGUGGGCAAAGGAAGGUUAUACCUUAGGAGAUAACGGCAAGACAGACAUGCUUGCAGCGUUGCAAUUGCAAUCGCUCUGCUACGUGCACAUGUAGGUCAGCUGUGUGUAACUUACAGCAUGCUGCUUGUUGACAAGUUGUCACGGAUCUUGAUAAGAUAGUCCUGCUCAGUUCCUUCACCUGGUCACCUGUACCUCCUUAACCUCUUGCUUCCUGGAACCAGUUUGUCCCUGUACAAAACCAAUGGGAAUUACAGACUCCAGUCAUCAACAAGUUUCUUUAUCCAGGGAUUGCCUAACAGUUUAUAGUGUUUUAUCAUACCCUGUCUUAUGAUCUCAUUCCCCAUUUGUGGCUUAUGUUUUCUCACUCAUCUCGAUCGCCAUAUGAGGAUAUAAUGGAUUAUUACAUGGAAUGUGAUGAUCCGGCCACUCAGUCGCUACAGAUCAAGUCGGAGCCUCCCGACACCGGCUACGAGAUGCUCGCCCAGUCGACGGGCAACCCCUUCUCACAAUCCCCCACCCUCGUCUCCCCGUCCUCCACCUCGACGUUACCCUCCCUCUCGAUGAAAGAGCAGUCAUCGCCGCAGUCGAUAUCAUCGGACGGCAGUACGGGGCCCUCUGGUGUCAAGAAGAGGAAAGGUCCGGCGCCGCGCAUGGACUUGGAGCUGUGUUUAGUGUGUGGUGACAGGGCGUCGGGGUUCCAUUAUAACGCCCUCAGCUGUGAGGGAUGCAAAGGUUUCUUCCGAAGAAGUAUAACGAAGAAUGCACAGUAUAAAUGUACGAGAGGAGGUAACUGUGAAAUGGACAUGUACAUGAGAAGAAAAUGCCAAGAAUGCAGGCUUAGAAAAUGCAGAGAAGUCGGCAUGUUAGCAGAAUGUUUGUUAACAGAAGAACAAUGUAAAUCAAAACGGCAGAGGAAGAUGAUGAAGAAGCAGCAGCAAAUCGAUCAGAGUCCGCAACAGAGCGAAGAGGAGAGCAUUCCGCUUCUGACCGACGAACAGAGAGAGGUCAUCGAGAAUCUUGUCAGCAUACACAAGGAGUUGGAGAUUCCUGGACCAGAGGACCUCAAGAGAGUUACGCCGUGGAAAGAAGGCCAAGGUCAGAACUCACAAGCCAACGGUUCCAAGUCGGUUCAGGCUUCAGAUAUAUAUGACGCAUCAAAUCCAUUACCAGGGCUGAUGCCUGUGUUAAACCCCAAGAAAUCGUCAGAAGACGGAGAUGGGGAUGAUCUUGACGAUCAGGACAACGAUGCUCUUCAUCUUCGUUUCGCUCACAUUACAGAACUUACUAUCCUAACCAUUCAGCUCAUCGUGGAGUAUAGCAAACACAUACCAGGUUUCCUCACGCUCAAGAGGGAAGACCAAAUAUUACUCCUAAAGGGCUCUGCCAUUGAAGUAAUCAUGCUCAGAGUAGCCCUGAGGUACGACCGAGAGCUCGAUGCCAUCAUGUUCGGCAACGAGAUGCCGUACACACGGAAACAGCUCCUGGAAGGCGGUAUCGGGGACCUGGUCGACCCCAUGUACAACUUUGCCAAGAGUAUGUCAGAGCUGGAGCUGGACUAUGCAGAGUUUAUUCUUCUAAUGGCAAUCACGAUAUUAUCACCAGAUCGGCCAGCCAUCAUCGAGCGAGAGCGAGUGGAACAGAUGCAGGAGACGUACCUGGACAUGCUGCGUUCGUACCUGAAGCUACGGCGCCCUCACGAGGUCCUUCUCCUCCCCAAAGUUCUGAUGAAACUGACAGAACUCCGAAGUCUAAACAAUAGCCACUCGGAGCUCUUAUUCCAACUCAAAGUGAAGGAUCAAAAGAUCCCGCCCCUCCUCCAAGAGAUCUGGGACGUGAAAUGACAACUAUAGCCGUUCCUGUUCUCGUUCUUAUUCUUGCUGCCAAUCUCGUGGACCUCCUGUUCCCUUUCUGACUCAAGGAUCAAGAGAUCCCGACCCUUCCCCAAGAGAUCCCAGUCCUACCCCAGGGGGCAUUGGAACUGACAUGACAGCCAAUUCUCUUUGUACCAUCAUCCACAUCUCUGCCAAUCUUUAAGAACUCUGAACCUUUCUCGCCAAUCUUCCUAUCCACGUCACCGUCUUGACCAAGACAACUGAUGUACAGAAUCCGCAAAGUCGUACAACCCUUAAGAAUGUAGUCAUUGGAAUGACAGCCAUAUCAUCAUCCACAUCUCUGCCAAUCUUCAAAACCCUGAACCUGUCUCGCCACUCUUCCUAUCCAUGUAGCCAUCUAUAGAGUGACCAAGACAACCAGUGUACAGUAUCCACAAAGUCAUGCAACCUGUAAGAAUGUUCCUACCCUGUCCUGUCUUGUGCCCUUUGAGAAAUCUUGAUAUGGAAACAAGGUAUAUAAAAUGCUGCCAAUCCUUAAAUGGACAAAUUUGGUAUGUCUUGGUGUGUAAUCUUAUAGGUGUUAGUACCAGUUUGAGUAUCCUUCCAUGUUGCUUGUGCAGUGCAAGCGCUCUAGAGGUCUAUGUUUACGGGGAAAUCUUCCUUGUGGUAUCUGAAGGAUUUGUGAAUGGGAACAAACUGCUUAAUCUAAAUGGAAUCUUCUUGUGGAAUGGUGCGUCUUCUGUAAGAAGAACAUGGUUUGGAUAUUGCACAAUAUAUGGAAUAAUGUUGAGAUUGAUUGGGAAAUAAUGUAGGACGCCUUCCAGCUCCGUCAGGUAGUAUCCACAAGCUCGAAGGCCGCUGGUGACAGAUCAACCUGAUGGACAUCAAGGAAUUAUGCAUAUUUUAGAGUGGACCUACACUGAAGUAGAUCAGAGAGGUCUACUAAAGCUGGAGCAAGGAAUACUUUGGAAGUUCGUUGAGACGAUGGAAAGUUGGAAGUGAUAUUGAGAGCUUCGCAUUUAAGACAGAUCAUUGAAUGGACAUCACUUUUUUCGUAGUUCAAACCUCUCAGGAGAUCCUUGGACUUCAGGUGAUCAUUGAUAUCAGUGUGCCAAAUAGUAGACAGUGAUAUCACAUUGAGCUCUUGCUUUCGUGAAUGAUUGGAUUUUGUUAGGCAAACCUAAAUCACGUUGCGAGAGAGAGAGAGAGUUGUGACAGACGCACAGUUGUCUGAUCAAAUAAGUGGCUCUCUAAAUAGUUCCAUUUUAUUGGGCAUAGCAAGAAAUUUGCAUUAAUUUCAGAUCAAGUGCAAGUCACACAAUCAAGAAUAAUUUGGCAUUGCAAGAAAGUUGAGUUAGUGUAGUAGGUUUCACAGUAGACAUGUAUCUUUCUUGGGCAAGUGUUGGUCCUGAAAAGGACCACCCAAACUUAUCAGGACCAACACUUGCCCAAGAAAGAUACAUGGUGUACUGUGAAACCUGCUACACUAUUCUUCUUUGCCAUGGAAACCUUCAGAAGUUACAUCGAAAGUUGAGUUGUAAUAAAAUGCAAAUCAGCUGAGAAUUUGUGUUUCAUUAUGGAAGGACUUAUUCUUAAAGGGGAAUCCAACCCAAAUAAAAACUUGCUUUUAUAAGAAAAAGAAAAAUCAGACAAGGCGAUAGGUGAAAGUUUGAUCAAUAUUGGACAAACAACUAAAAAGUUAUGAAUUUUUAAAAGUUGUAAAUAUUGGUAAUCACUAUACCCAUGGAAACUUCAAAUUGGCCGCAUACGGGAUGUCAUAGUGAUGUAAGGCAAGGACUACUCUUCCAUGUACUCCAAUACGUAUUAUGGCUAAAAUGUCAUUUUUCCCAAAAGUUUUAUUUCAAAUUAUAUUUUUCUUUCAUGAGGACAUAAAACAAUAUACUACCUGGAUUAUAUUUAGAUUACUGCCCCAGGGGAAUGGAUACUUAGGAGAAAACCACAAAUCCCUGAUAAUAAAGUACAUGGCCUAUGGGAAAGUUGUCCUUGCCCCUUGUCAUAAUUUACUCACCCAGUUGCCAAUUUGAAAUCUACAUACAAUUAGUGAUCUCAAUUUUAAAGCAGCUAUAACUUUCUUAUUGCUUGUCCGAUUUCUUUCAAACUUUCGCCAUUCUAUUAAAUUUAUUUUUCUCCUUCCGAACACAAUAUUUUAUGGCCAAGGCUGGAUUCCCCUUUAAUUUUUAGGAUUUGCACUUGAUCUGGAAUUAAAUUAAAUUAAAGUUUAUUGCAGUACCCCAAUUGGAUCUCACAAUAAGGGAACAAGGCAAACAUUUAUGAUUAAUUGGAUUUGUAAAAGGCGGAACAGAUGUGGACUCUCUCUCACAAAGCGUUAUGGGUAAACUUGUAGAAAGUCGGUUCAACUCUGCGUGUUUUAUUGCAGGAGACGGGCUAAAUUAAAGACAUUGACAUCUCACUGAAAUGUUUGUUUUCAAAGCCAUCCUUGUUAUUACCAGAAAUUUUCAUCAUAUAACCAUGACAAAAAAAUAUUUUUAUACAUUUUUUGCAAGAUGCAAGAUUUCUCAUUUACUUCCUAAAGCAGUUGAAUAAAUUUAACUUGUAAAUGCUUCAUACUUAUUUCUAAUGCGCGAAUUCAGAUUUUUGAAGUUCUACCCAAUUUUUUGCAUUUUUCAGAGGUAAUAUUUUUUGCUAGGUAUAUUAAAAAUAGCUCUACUUUUCUAGUUAAUAUAAUAAAUCCAAUGAGUUCCAUGUACAUUUAGAUUUUUAAUGUAAGAAUCGUAAAAAUGAAUAAAUUCAAACAAAAUUUUUGUGCCAAUACUGUUUCUCCUCGUGUGAGGCUACCAAUUGAUGUCUGCCUAGAUUCGUUAUUUUUAAAUUUUCAAAUUAUUCCAAUAAGAAAUGAGCUGUAUAUUGAGCUUUAUUGUCAUUCAAGGGUUAUCGUCUGUGUUUUCUGGUAGAGAAACAUGCGUUUGAUAUAGAUAUUGGGAUUAUAUAUUAUCUGAAAUAAACUUCUUAUCUCUUAAGAAUAGAGAAAGAAAAAUCCUUGUGCAGGUGAAGGAAAAAAAUGAAUAAAAUGCAAAGAAAAAAAAUGUGUAAAAUGCAAAGAAAAAAAAUGUGUUUGCAAAUUGACUUGUAUAAAAGGAAAAUGAAAUACUGUUUAGAUGUAAGUAUUUUUCCAGUGUGAUUUUUGUGAGCUUAAAAAAAAAUAUAGUAUGAUGUAGAUUUUACUAUUCAUGAAGGUAUGUAGAGAGAAAAGCAGGGAUGGAAUUAAUUGGCUGUUUUCAGGCCGGAACUCUUGAGAGAGUUUUUUUUUUGUAGAUGCAGCAAGAAGUAUAUAGCAUUAUCGACUAAUAAUACUAAUGAGAAUAAUAUUGAAGAAACAGCUGUUUUUUGUAUACUAGUUUGGAGCCACUAGAAGUGGUGCUUGUGUUGGUCUGUGUACAUUGUAAAUAU